AUGGCGCCCCGUAGGGCGUCCCCUCUGCUAUCGUUCGAGAACUUGGAAUUGGACUCAUCGAUCUCUAAUGCCACCCUAAAAGACUCAUAUGACGAGUCGGACGCGCCUGUCAAACGCUGGUACGACUAUAUACCUCUUUUCGGAACUGUUUGCUUGAUACUCGCACCUCAUCCUUCCUUACUAUAUGUACUCGUGGAUUUUCACCUGCAGACACUUCACCAACCGGUGGUCUUCAUCCUGCACCUGCUUGCAACCUAUUCUCUGACCUUUUUGGCUUUCUCAUCGCUCAUCGUCUGUGUUGCCCGUGACCCUGGUCCUGCAAACCUCAUUCCCUCUCAAGGCGCGAACGCUGACGCUGACGACGAGAUCAGUCUUACGGAUGCUUUGAUGCCAAACGAAGAUUACACGGCUCCAGGAAGAUGGUGUCAUAAAUGCUGGGCGCCGAAGCCUGAAAGAACGCACCAUUGCUCGAUAUGUGGCCGUUGCGUGCUUAAAAUGGAUCACCAUUGUCCUUGGCUUGGUUCCACAUGUAUCGGUCAUAGAACCUAUCCUGCCUUUGUACACUUUCUUUGUUCUGUCACUCUCCUUGCUACGUAUAUUGCUAUAAUAUCUAUUUCUGCGCUCUUGUAUGCUUUUCACAACCCAUUCCUCGUUCAUGAAUUUACCCCCGUCCAUGAACUCGGGCUCGCUUUUGCUGGGAUUGUCUUUUCACUCGUCAUUGGAUCGUUUGCUUGCUACCAUCUAUAUUUAAUUUCGACGAAUCAAACUACUCUGGAAAAUAUAACCCCAUUUAUGCUGCUGCGCCAUCUUCCUCCAUUACCGCGGAGUGGCCAUUCACUCUCCGAUCCACCGCUUGAGCCCGAACUAGGAUACCCUCAACGGCGACUUGUCAAGGAUGCCCAUGAAAAAAUACGGAUUUACGACGUUGGAUUUCGACGGAACUGGGAACACGUUUUUGGAUGGAAAACUAGAUUUGGCUGGGCGCACCGACUUUGGUAUGGGGGGGCAUCGCAAGGCGACGGUAGAAACUUUCCGCGCAAUCAACGAACGGACGAUAUGCUUGCGCGACUUGCAAUUGAACUCGUCAAGGUGGACAGAAACUCGUAA